GCUGUAGAUACAGUAAUGAGUCACAUUCAUGCCCUUCCAAAGCGGGCAGGCUUAGUACCAAUCUUUGUGAAUGCAGAUACAGGCAAGUUCCGACCUGGUUCAACAAUUACCUUGGGUGCUCGGGGUGACAGUUACUAUGAGUAUCUUCUGAAGCAGUGGUUACAGAGUGGGAAAACAGAAAAUUGGCUUCGAGAUGACUUUGUAGAUUCCAUGGAUGGAGUCAUGUCUCUUUUGAGGAGAGAAUCAGAACCAAGCAAGCUGGUGUACAUUGGUGAACUUCUGCAUGGCUCAACAUUCAGCCCUAAGAUGGACCAUUUGGUGUGUUUUCUGCCAGGAACAUUAAUGUUAGCUGUCCAGAAUGGCCUGGACAAAAAAUACGAACAGUUUGCAAAGGAUCUGUUGGAGACAUGUGUUCAGAUGUAUAAACGUAUGCCGACUGGAUUGAGUGCUGAACUGGUUUACUUUAACCAAGGGCCUUCCAAACAUGAAGAUAUUCAAGUUAGGCCAUUAGAUGCCCACUGUUUGCUGCGACCAGAAACUGUAGAAUCAUUAUUUAUUCUCUAUCGUCUAACGAAAGACAAGAAAUACCAGGAUUAUGGCUGGUCCAUAUUCCAAGCCAUCGAGCAACAUGCCAAGAUAAGCACUGGAGGAUAUUCGUCGUUGAACAGUGUCAAAGACACAAAGUUGGGAUUCAGAGACAAAAUGGAAAGUUUCUUCCUUGGGGAGACUCUAAAGUAUUUAUUCCUAUUAUUUAGUGAUGUGGACAUGGUGCCUCUUGAUAAGUUUGUAUUUAAUACAGAAGCACACCUAUUGCCUAUAAGGAAAUCCUAGCCAAUGGAACUUUAGGUAUAAUACUAUCAAGGUAACAGAAGCCUUUUUUUUUUUGGCCAGUCGUAAAGUGGGCGGCCGGGCUGAAAAUUGUAGUACAGAAUGUGGGCGCUAGGAUAGCGAAAAAACGUCCCCACGCGAAAGGUGCAAUGGGUUACAUGCUUAAAGGGCUACACAGAUAAUGGAAAAGGAACAGCAUAUCUCGCUCGGGUUUUCCGCACGUACGUGCUCCACGGGCUAGGGAAAAUCACAGGGUGCAGAUUUCCUUGACAUUUAGUGGUUGUAGUUCUAAGUCCCAAUUUUUUUGCCUUUCGUCUCUUUUAGAAAGGUCGUCACAAGCGGGUAAUCGCGCUUCAUUGAUAACACACAUGACAUAAGUUUUAAACUUUCAAAUUCUGAGCAGUGGACCACGGAUAAAGGCUUUUAUAGCAAACCUUCUAUAGCGAAAUCUUUAGUUUAUCUUGGAGAUGAACCAUUGCACAAUGCAAUCCCUUUGAAAAUGGCCUC